AAGAACAAGUUUAAACUCACGAUUUAAACAAAAUCUUAUAAAUUUACAAUAUUUGCUCAGUUGUUAGUGAAGAUCAUUGGAGACAACAUUAUAACUAGUCGAUGAAUUAAGAACAAAUUGAACAAUGAAAUCAAUAGCUCAAAUCACUGCUUUCGUACUAAUAACAUCACAAAUUACCAGCAUCACAUCUGAAAAAUCCAUCAAUGGAUAUAACAAAGAGAGAAAAUGGUACGAACUUGAUAUUGAUCUCACGACAUUUACAAUAAAAUCAGAUGAAGUGAUAUCAAUGAAAAACACAGAAGUUCUAGCUAAAGAAAGUAAAUUUGUUAAAGGAUUUUAUUUUGAACUUAACAAAAAUAUAGAAUACUUGCCUACAAAAAUACAUGAAAAAUUUCCAAAUCUGGUUGCAUAUGAUGGAUCUAAUCUAGCAUUAAAAGAAAUAAAAUAUCAAAAUUUUGAAAAACUUGAAGAGUUGCAGUACUUAACAUUGAAAGACCUAACUAAAUUGAAAAAUUUAACUCUACGAUCAAAUCAAUUAAAUUAUAUUGAUGAAGAAUUAUUUAAGAAUCUCGCAAGUUUGAUGCAUCUCGACCUUGACAAAAACCAAAUCAACUUUUUACCAAAAGGAAUAUUCAAAAAUAUGCCAGAAUUGCAAGAAAUUUCGCUCUCAGACAAUAAAUUACAAGAACUUGAUGGCGAUUCCUUCGGUAAAAAUAAGAAGCUUGAAACUAUUUGGCUUGAUGGAAAUGAUUUAAAAAUUCUAAGUGCGACUAUGUUUGAUGAUUUGGAUAAGUUGAAGGUUGUGUAUCUCAAAGGAAAUGAUUGUGUUGACAGUAACUUUUGUGCAAAUAGUGACUGCUCACUUAAGUUUUCGGAUAUGAAAACUAGGAUUAAAGAUUUUUGUAAAUUGACGGAGAUGAAGGAAGUGCAAUAAAAUAGGUAUUCAUUAGGAACGAAACUUUCUCUACGCUUAAGCUAUAUUUGAGGAUUGAUUGACACUAUUUCAACAAUAUAUUCCCUUAAAAUCAUCAACUAUCACCAAAUCCACUCGAAAAUAAUCCCAUAGCAAAACAGUGAAAACGAAGAAUAAAGCAUCAAUCUCAUAAGAUGUCUUUCACCACCCACAAGACCUAAACCGAAAAAAAAAAAUUCAAUCAAUAUUGACAUAAAACAAACAAAUCUUCACACUCAUGUUCGUCCUGUUCAAUUUUAUCAAAGGAAUUAUAGUGCUGUAUAUUGUGACAGGGACUCGAGAAAAUUGAUUAUAAAGGUACACAAAUGAACACAUCGACGAUACAUAUAUGUUUAAAAAAAUAGGACAUCAAUGUUCAAUAUAAAAAAUAAAAGCACAAGCAUGAAAACACGAAGCAGCACACACAUUGAAUGUCGAAAAAUGGAAAGGCAAGUGCUUGACAAAUUGAUUGAAAUAAAUUGAUUUGUGCUGCUUUCUGCUGCCACUUUUCCUGUAUUUUUAUUUUUUUUUUCUAUUUUGUUGUUUAUAUCUAGUCAGGAAGUAUUUUUACUUUUUUUUCGUGGGUGUGUUGAGUCAUUGUAAAUGAAAUGAAAAAAGCUCUUUUGUUUUAAAAAACAGGAGAUUUAGAUAUUUUGGGUCAAUGGAUGGAAAGUGUGUUGUUUGUGUAGAAGUGAUGCCAUCAUGGGGCCCUAAGGAAGUAUGUUUAACAGUUGAUAUGCAUUGUGUGGUAUUUAGCCAGAGCUUCUAUCUAGCUAGAGGGUAAAGAGGUCAUGUAGACCUGAACUCAAGCUAUCUUUUUCAUUCAAACCUAGCUGAUUCCUCCGAUUCCCAUCCACCGACCCAUCCUUUAUUUUUAUUUUUACGAUAAAAUUUUCAUUCUAGUUCUCAGCAAAAAAUACACAGAUUUAUUCCCACUUUUGUGUAUCUACUAGAAUGUAAAUAUAACACAUACCGGAUAUUUAUUUUAGGCUGCAAUAGUCACAAGCAAUGACAAUGCUGGAAUGUAGGAAAAUGAAAAAAAAAUUUAAAAGUCCAACACACAAAAAGAGGAAAUGGAAGCACACACAAAAAUUCAAAGAGUAAAGUUCGUUGAUUUUUUUUUCAUCAUUCUACACACAGGAAUUUCAUUGCCCUUUUCAUUUUCCUUUACGUGUACGAUGAAUGAGGAAGUGAAAACUUUUUUUUUUUCAAAUGAAAAUGUUCACACUUUUUUUUGUGUGUAUCGCAUUUUUUUUGCGUUUGUUGAGAUUUAUUGAUAGAGUGCUUGGGAUUCUUUCAAUCUUUCAUGUUGUUUUUAUAAACGCAUUUUCAAAAGGAACGAGGGUUUUGUCAGCUCUUUAUCUGCCUGACUGUCUAUAAUUCUUAUAUGUGGUUCUUAAUAGAACAUUUGAUAAAAUCUUUCUAAGCAACAAACGACGCUUCAUAAAAACAAAACAUCAUUAAAAUAGUUGUUGCUUGAAAAAUCUUUCAAACCAUUGGGACAGAGAUGAGUGGGAAUUUGAUAUGUUGUUUAUAAAACUAAAA